AAGUAUGAUGUGCCAGCAUUUAUCAUAAACAAUGAGAAAGCAUGGGGUGAUCCAAAGGACCCUGAAGAAACUAUAUCAGCCCAGAAGCAUGUCAAGAACCAAAAGAAAGAAGUUGCUACAUGUAAGAGAGCAAAAUUGGUAGAUGAUGCAAACAAGAAAUCAGAGAAGGGUAAGAAAAAGCACAAUCAAAAAAGGACAAGGGGAAAGUAA